AUGCCGGGUGUUCCAGCGAAGGAGUCUACGGGUUCUACCAAUAUCCCCGUACCUCCCGUGAAAGAUAGAAGGAACUCAAGAGACAUUGGUUGGGAGUUUGGAUUUUGUCCGGACCCAAAAAAUUUGAAUAUGGUGCAAUGCAAACUAUGUGGGCACAAGGUGAAUGCGGGGAUCCAUCGAUUUAAGAAGCAUCUUGCAGGGUUGAGGGGGGACACCAAACCAUGUUUGAAGAUUAGUGAAAAAGAUAAGCAGAGGGUGAAAGAAGUCAUUGAUGCUAAUUCGAAGAAGAAGCAAGUUAAGGAGAGGCACACUAUAGACUUAGAAGAAGAACUUCAUACGACGAGGCCGUGUGAUGAAGAAAAAGAUGAAGAAGAAAUCAUCUCUCCUUCCAUAGGCGAUGGGUCUUCAAAGAGGUCUAGAGAGCCUACUGUUGGGCCGAUGGAUGCUUACACCGCUAAUGAUCCAGAGCUAGCGAAAAGGUUGAAAGGGAAAAUGAAGCAGACAGGAGUGAAGGAUUCUUUCCUGAAGGAGAAGAGAGAUUGGGUGCAUGAUCAGUUGGCUACUUGGGCAUAUGAAAAUGCCAUCCCCUUUCAUGCCAUCUCCACGGAUUCUUUUACGAAGGCAUGCAUGGCUAUUGGAGACUAUGGACCGAGCUACAGGCCUCCCAGCAUGUACAUGUUGAGGGAGCCCUUAUUGCGAAGAGCAGUUGAGAGAACAAAAGUCUCCUUAAAGACGCAUGAGGAGGAGUGGGGCAAGACUGGAUGUUCCAUUAUGACUGAUGCUUGGUCGGACAGAAAGAUGCGGUCGGUAAUGAAUCUUUGCAUCCACUGCAGAUUGGGGACAACUUUUCAUAAGUCAAUUGAAACCAAAGAGGAAGCACAUACAGGACAAUAUAUAUUUGAGUGGGUUAAUACGGCUAUUGAGCAGAUUGGAGCUGAUAAAGUCAUUCAGGUUGUCACGGAUAAUGCAGCUGCAAAUAUGGCCGCGAAGGAGCUUUUAUAUAGGAGGAGGCCGAGGAUUUUUUGGACUAGUUGUGCAGCACACACUGUUGACCUGAUGCUUGAAAGCAUCGGGAAGUUGAGUUUAUUCAAAGGAGCAAUUGAGAAGGCGAGGACCCUCACCAUCUUUAUCUAUAGUCAUCACAAGACUUUGUCUAUGAUGCGUCGCAUUUGUGACAAAAGGGACAUUGUGAGACCUGGAGUUACUCGUUUCGCCACUACAUUUUUGACUCUGCGGAGUCUUCUUGAGAAGAAAGGGAAGUUGAGAUUUAUGUUUUCCGAUGAAGCAUGGGUGAGAUGCAAGCUUGCAAAGACCGCUAAAGGCGCUAAGGUGGAGGCGAUUGCUAUGAGUGAUAGUUGGUGGACAGCGGUGGCCAAGAUCUUGAAGGUGUAUGCUCCUAUUUUUCGAUUGUUGAGGGUAGUCGAUAGUGACUACAAACCCUCAAUGGGAUUUGUGGUGGGGAUGCUUGAAGAUAUGAAGAAGGAGAUCAUUCAAGUUUUCAAGAAUAAGGAGAAGGAUUUCAAGCCCGUGAUUGAUAUUAUAGAUGGGAAGUCCAAGGAUCGGCUCUUUUCUCCCUUGCAUAUGGCUUCUUACUACCUCAACCCUUACUAUUUCUAUAGGGAUGAUGUAGUGAAGAAUUGCAAAAGGGCGAAAGAUGGAUUUCUAGAUGUGGUGGAGUUGUUCUAUCCUGAUGUAGAGCAACAAGUUGAAAUUCAUACUCAAGAGUUGGAGAGAUACAGAGAAGGAAAGGGUUCAUUUGCUAGGAUUGGAGCGGUGAAGGCUAGAGAGAAAUCAGACUUGAACCCAGCUAAUUGGUGGUAUUUGCAUGGUGGUGAUUGUCCCUUCAUGCAAAAUAUGGCUAUGAAACUGCUCAACUUGACAAGCAGCUCUUCUGGUUGUGAAAGGAAUUGGAGCACAUUUGAGGGGAUUCAUACGAAGAAGAGGAAUAGAUUGGAAUCGAAGAGGUUAGAGGAACUAGUCUAUGUGAAGUUUAACUCAAAGCUCAACCAGAAGAAGAGGAGAGGAGAAAACAAGAACCUACUACUAUCUACUGAUCGUAGUAAGGCACGAGCAUGGAUCCUAGAAGGAGCAGGCUCCGAUGAUGAGGAAGAAGUUCAUCCUGGCUCAGGUCUUACUUGGAGGAUGGUAGAGGGUAUAUCGGGAGCGGCUGAGGCUGCGGAGAAUAGGAGGAGUUCUAGGCUAGCAGGACCUUCAAGUGCUUCUACUUCAGUGAUAGAUGAUGAUGAUGUUUGA